UCUGUCGCAUACCACCUACUAUCGCAGUCGGAAUCAUGCCUCCACCGAAUAGGAUACUCGACCGCGGGGACGAUGACGAGGUCUGCCCCGUCUGCAAGUCCUCGCGGUAUUUAAACCCGGACAUGCGGUUCCUCAUCAAUCCAGAAUGUUACCAUAAGAUGUGCGAGUCAUGCGUGGACCGGAUAUUUUCUGGAGGACCGGCGAACUGUCCGGUGGCAGGGUGCCAUAAGACGUUGCGGAAGAAUCGAUUUCGGAAGCAGACAUUCGAAGACAUCAACGUGGAGAGGGAGGUUGAUAUUCGGCGGAGAGUGAUGCAAAUCCUCAACCGCCGCGAAGAAGAAUUCGACUCGAAACGAGCCUGGGACGACUUCCUCGAACAACGCGAAGAGAUCAUCGCAAACCUCGUAACACGGACCGACGUCUCCAAAACCGAAUCCGAUCUACAAGCCUACGCAUCCGAAAACGUCCGCUCCAUCCGCGCGAACCAAGCUCUCGAAGCCCAAGAAGCCACAUCAUUCCAAGAACAACAAACACUGGAACAAGAACAAGCACGCCUCCGCCGCCAGGCCGUUCGACAGGAAUACGAAGACGAACGGCGCGAGGUUCUUGCCGGCAGGGAGGACGUCAUCAGCCGUCUUGCCUCUGGGAAGCCUACAGAUGCAGCGACGAUCGCGCGUGAGGGCCAGAAGGUUCUCCUCAAGAAGUCCUCUGCUCGUCGUAGUGAGGAAGAGCGGAUUCGACAGAAACAGGCUGCGUUGCGGAACUCGGAUGCUAAGAAGGCUGGAGGACCAGUGGCGCCGACAGAGCGGGCGGGUGGUACUGGUUUGAUCAAGGGUCUGAAGAAGAUCAAGACUCCGGAACCGGAGAAGCCGUACGAUCCUUUUAUGGGACUGGUGCCCAACAAGCGGGAUUACUAUACGUUGCAGGACCACUACCCAUCCGGAUACCUGGAUCCCAUCCGACAGGAUACCCGUAUGCAGGCCGGAGGAUACGACCUGGGGGAGUACUAUUCACGUACUCUGCUCGAGGCUUUUGCUGGAUUGGGUUGUUUUGUCGAUGAAGAAGUUUCCAAGCGAGAUGCAUCGAGUGCAUUGGGACUUUCUAGACCGGCUACUGAAGGAGCAGCCAUGGCCGCUGUUACCAGUUCUGGGCUAAACGAUGAGAAGAUAUGAUCUCUUGUCUGGCUGUCCUUGUGACAGCUCCUCGCAUUUAUCACGAAGUUAACAUAUCUAAGGCGUCUUUGGGUCAUGAGCAUAGCGAACGGCGCAAUGGUUUUCGGGAUUUUACACAACUUUUGGUCAUUCGACAGAGUUAAUGCAAGAAUAACAGAGAACAUGUGCUACCAACCAAGGCAUACUGUAUGGGCUAACCAAGAAAACACAAUUUCAAUAAACAUUGGAGUAAUUCAUUGUUCUAUGAACGACAACAGUUGGAU